AAAUCCAUCUCCUACACUGGAAUGGAGUUUCUCUGUUCAAACUCUCUCUUCAUCUGAGGUGACGUCUAUCCACGUGGGGUCUGUGUGUAACACGAGCUUAAACAGCUUUAUUACAAUCCGUCAAUCAUUUAUAGACACACCCACUCUGCAGUGCAUUGGUUCCAACAACCUGGGUGUUGACACGCACCUGUUUAAUCAUAGCCUUUCAGAAUGUGGACACACUACAGACCCUCAUCUGGUUCUCUCUCUCUCUCUGGUUCUCCUUCACUGUGUUGGCGUUAUUGGAGUUCUCAUCUACAAAUUAAUGCAAUUGUCCAGGAAAAUAAAUACAGAGUAGAUACGUACCCUUCUCUGGAGCUCUCUGCUGUUCAGGACUCUAACAGAGAUGUUCAGGAGUCUAACAGAGAUGUUCAGGAGUCUAACAGAGAUGUUCAGCACUCUAACAGAGAUGUUCAGGAGUCUAACAGAGAUGUUCAGGACUCUAACAGAGAUGUUCAGGAGUCUAACAGAGAUGUUCAGGACUCUAACAGAGAUGUUCAGGACUCUAACAGAGAUGUUCAGGACUCUAACAGAGCCUCAUGGGAAGAAAACACAGCACACGUCUUACUGUUAGAGUAACAUUAUAAAGAGGUGACAUGAUAAAUCAGAGUUCCUAUAACAGCACAUCCACAUGUGGCUUUUUAUUCUUAUACCACAGCAAUUUGUCAACAAUUACAAUUUUUUAUCAACA